AUGUGUGGAAUUUUCGCUUAUCUCAAUUUCUUAACACCCAAAAAGAGAGGUGAAAUAGUUGAUAUCCUGAUCCAGGGUCUCCAACGUAUGGAAUACAGAGGAUAUGACUCUGCCGGAGUUGCUGUUGAUGGAGGAAACGAUGUUGAUGACCCACACAGAACCAUUAAUGUUCUCAGAAAAGUUGGAAAGGUCGCCAAUCUGAAAGAUGCUGUCGCAGAAAUCCCCGCAAGCACUUUGGACAUGGAUUUCGAAUACAACAUUCACUGUGGAAUUGCUCAUACUAGAUGGGCCACCCAUGGUUCUCCAAAGGACGUUAACAGUCAUCCACAAAGAAGUAAUGAUAAGAACGAUUUCGUUGUUGUCCACAAUGGAAUUAUCACUAACUACCGUGAAAUCAAGGAAUAUCUUGUUAAGAAAGGACAUAUUUUCGAGUCCGAGACUGACACUGAAGUUAUUGCGAAACUCACCCAACACAUGCACAAUCUCUUCCCAGAGUUCUCUUUCCGUCAAUUAGUAGAAGCUGUUAUCCAACAACUUGAAGGAGCUUUCGCUUUGGCUUUCAAGUCUCGCAAGUUCCCUGGACAACUAGUUGCCACUCGUCGUGGUUCUCCACUCCUUGUUGGAAUCAAGAGUUCUUCUCCACGCAUGCAAGCUGCUCAAUUCCCAGUAUCAUUCAGUAAAGAUGCAGAUUUCCGUUGGACCGAAGCUGAUCACAAGUUAGACGAUACUCGUCGUAUAGUUUCAUCCCAAGCUACUCACUUACGUCAAAACAGCGAGGAAUCCUUUGUUGAAACUCCAAAUGUUUUGGACUUAUCUACUGGAAUCCGAUCAGGUGCUCUUCUGGCCAGUGCCAACGCCUCUAAAUGCCAGCCAUGCAUCAACGAUUGGGAAGUUGAAUACUUCGUUGCUUCUGAUGCUUCUGCCAUCAUUGAGCAUACUAAGCAAGUUCUUUUCUUAGAAGAUGAUGAUGUUGCUUUCGUUGAAAAUGGAGCUCUCACCAUUCAUCGCAUCAAGCGUAACUCUAGUGACAAUACUGACCAAACUCGUGAAGUUCAAAACCUUAAUCUUGAACUUCAACAAAUCAUGAAAGGUAACUUCAAGACUUUCAUGCAAAAGGAAAUCUUCGAGCAACCUGACUCUGUUGUCAACACCAUGAGAGGAAGACUUCUUCCUUCUGGGGAAAUCGUUCUUGGUGGAAUCAAAGAUUACGUUCAAGAUAUCAAGAGAUGUCGCAGAGUCAUUAUGGUUGCCUGUGGAACCUCUUACAACUCUGCUAUCGCUACGAGACAAAUUUUGGAAGAACUCUCUGAGCUUCCUGUUGUUCUUGAAUUAGCUUCUGAUUUCCUCGAUAGACAGACUCCAAUCUUCAGAGAUGAUGUUUGUAUCUUCAUCUCUCAAAGUGGAGAAACCGCUGAUACUUUGAUGGCUUUGAGAUACUGCAAGCCAAGAGGAGCUUUGUUGAUCGGAAUCACCAACACUGUCGGAUCUUCAAUUUGCCGUGAAUCUCACUGUGGAGUUCAUAUCAAUGCUGGACCAGAAAUUGGUGUUGCAUCCACAAAGGCUUACACUUCCCAAAUUCUGGCCAUUCUGAUGUUCGCUUUGGUUUUAUCCGAAGAUAGAAUCUCUGCUAUUCAACGUAGAAAGGAAAUCAUCCAGGCACUCAUGAUCUUACCUGAUUUGAUUCGCCAAGUUCUCGAGUUGGACGAUCAUGUUCUUCAAAUCGCAAAAGACGUGUACCAAGAGAAAUCUUUCCUUAUUAUGGGACGCGGUUUCAACUUCGCCACUUGCCUUGAAGGUGCUUUGAAAAUCAAGGAACUGUCCUACAUGCAUUGUGAGGGAAUUAUGUCCGGAGAAUUAAAGCACGGACCUUUGGCUAUGGUCGAUGAUAAAUUGCGUAUUUGCAUGGUAAUCUGUAAUGAUUCUGUUUAUAAGAAAUCUCUCAAUGCUCUUCAACAAGUUAUGGCCCGUGGAGGAGCUCCAAUCAUCAUUGCUGACAACGAAGUCCCUGAGAAAGACCUCGCUGGUAUGAAGCAUAUUCUUAGAGUACCCAAAACUGUUGAUUGCCUCCAAAACGUUCUCUCCGUGAUCCCUCUGCAACUUCUUUCUUUCCACAUCGCCGAAUUGAACGGCUUAAACGUCGAUCGCCCAAGAAAUCUUGCCAAGUCCGUUACUGUAGAAUGA